AUGGCUGGCCGUGCGCUGUUGGUGUGCGCCCUCUGCGUGCUGUGCUGCGCCGCCGGCGGGGGCUGGGCGUGGGACCACCUGUGCCCUGGAUAUGGAAAGGAGCAGUUGAACGUAACAGAGGACGGUGGGUGGAAGUUCUGCACUUACAACGAAACCUUUGCGGCGACCACGACAAAUAAAACUGCUGCAACUGCCGGUGUUUCCGCGAGUGUCGGCGGAAAAGGGCAGGCUGCCGUAAGUGCCGACGGUGCUGUGGGAGGAAAAGUGCCGGGUUCCGACGCGUCCUCUGGGAACUCAAGUGGGACGGAUGUGCGGAGCCCACCGGCAGCGCCACCUUCAUCCCCUCCUCAAGUGCCUCCCUCACCUCCUACCGGACAGGGAGUUGGGCAGGCCCAGAGCACGACCGAAGGUGUGCCAAAGGAGAGAAAUGAACAGGAAACGGCUGCACUACUUGAAGGUGCCCAAGCGAAUCGGUCGAAUGAAAGUUCAAAGCAAUCGCCUGCGAACUCUUCGCCCCCCGCUGAGGACGAAGGUGCUGCCGUCGGCGGCGGGCCGACUCAAGAGGGCACGGUGGGGAAGGGCGUUGCGGCUUCACCGCCUGAGAGCGCGGUGCAACAAAACCCGGUCCAGCGUGGCAACACUUCCGCCGCUACGGCAGUCGCUGGGGGUGCUUCAGAGGCGGCAGAAGACACUGCCGGUGACGAGGGAAGUAAUAACUCCGGGAGUAACAGCGGCAGCGGACCCGCGACGCGGCCGCAGCCGGAGAGUUCCGUGGCGGCAACCGAGGCUGGUGAUGCACAACAAAAGGAGCUGCCCACCUCCCAAAGCCAAACGGAAAAGAGUGGCGGCGGUGAAGAACAAGCCGCUCAGCCGGCAGCGGGGGAGGCUGCUCAAGCGGCGACCACCACCAACUCGACGAGUGCAGCGAAGGCGUCGCCCGGCGACAGCGACGGCAACAGCGACGGCAGCAGCACCGCGGCCUCGCACUCCGCCUCCCCCCUUGCGCUGCUUCCUCUGCUUGCGUGUGCGGCUGCCGCUGCGGUGCUGGCCGCGUGA